AUGAAUGGGUCAAGUCUUGAUAGUCCACAGUACAUGACAUCCAGUACUGACAUCCAGCAGUACUCAUAUUCCAUCACGUUAACAUUUAAGGGGAAUGUGCAGAAAUAUGAAAAGAUCAUCACCACAAUGGCGACUUUUGAUAUGUCGAAAAACAGAUUUGAGGGAGAGAUUCCAGAUUCCAUAGGGCAUUUGGUGUCAUUGCGAGGCCUUAAUCUCUCAAAUAACCGCCUUACUGGGCACAUCCCUCCAUCCAUCGGGAUGUUGUCCUUGCUGGACUGCUUGGACCUUUCGUCCAACAUGCUCACUGGUCGUAUCCCACAAGAACUUGUUAGUGUGACAUUUCUUGAGGUCUUUAAUGUUUCAGAAAACCAACUGGAAGGGCCUAUACCUCAAGGGAACAACUUCAAUACAUUCUCAUCCGAUUCAUACAAGGGGAAUCUUGCAUUGUGUGGGGAUCCGUUGCCUGAGUGUGGAGGAAAUAGCACGCCAUUCGUGAACAACAACGAAGACGAUGAUUCUGAAGAUCAUGGGAGCACAUUGAAGGAGUGGGAAACUAUUGUGAUGGGCUUUUGCAGUGGCAUCGUUGUUGGGAUGGCUUGGGGAUAUUAUAUGUUUUCUGUGGGAAAACCCUUUUGGUUUAUCAAUUUGGCUGACAAAAAUGGAGUUGGCUUUGCUUGA